AAAUUUCUUCUAGAAGUUGCCAAUUCAUUUUAAAAACGCUUAUCAGAUCAAAAAAAUCAAUAAUCUUUUUUAAAUCGCGAAAUUACUAUCUGUCAUACUUUUGAUUGCAUUAAUAAAACAUUAUGUCAGUAGUUGGAUUUGAUUUUGGUUCACAAAAUUGUUUUAUAUCCAUAGCAAAGGGUGGUGGUAUUGAAACAAUUACUAAUGAUUAUAGCCUUAGAUAUACCCCGUCUUAUAUAUCCUUCACCUCGAAAAAUAGAUUUAUUGGCGUCAGUGCUAAAAACCAGGCCUUAACAAAUUACAAAAAUACAGUUUUUGAUUUCAAAAAUUUUUUAGCAAGGAAAUCUGACGAUGCUUUUGUAGAAAAAGAGUUAAGAACUUAUGUUUUACCAUUUGAAAUUGCAAAAGGACUAAAAGACUCAAUUGAAUUUAAAGUGGAUUAUGCCAAUGAAAAAAUAGGGUUCUCACCAGAACAAUUAACUGCUAUGUUAUUCACUAAGCUGAAGCAAAUAGCUGAAACCCAUUUAAACACCAAAGUGUCGGAUUGUGUUAUUUCAUGCCCAUCCUAUUUCACUGAUACUCAAAGACAUAGUUUACUUGCAGCGAGUCAAGUGGCUGACCUUAAUUGUUUACGUAUCACUGAUGACUUGGUAUCUACCGCACUAGCCUUCUGUGUUUAUAAAGGUAAUGAAUUACCUCUCUUCACUCCUCAAAAAACAUCGAAAUAUGAAAAGGAAGUGAUUAAAAAUAAAACUGAUAAUGAAGCGAAUUCUGGUCAAAAGAUGGAAAGCAAUGAUACCACUGAGGAUGCUAACAAUAUAGCUGGAGUAACAGAUGGGAAUUCAGAGGAGAGUAAGGAGAUAGAAGGAGCGGAAAAGAAGGAAAAUAAUAGCAGUGAAGGUGAUACAAAGGAAACCUCUAUUGACCCAGGUAAAAUAAUAGUAUUUAUCGACAUGGGCCAUCAGGCCUUACAAGCAAAUAUUUGCCGAAUGUACAAAAACAAAAUCAAGGUUCUAGCUUCUGCAUUUAACCCCUCCCUGGGUGGCCGUGAUCUAGAUCUAGCUUUGUACCACCAUUUUUCAGUUCUUUUUAGUGAGAAGUACUCGAUUCCCACAGUCCAGAAAUUAGACCCCCGAUCACAGGCCAGGCUCAUAGAAGAGUGUGGCAAGGUAAAAAAGCUUAUGAGUGCUAAUUCCACUCCUAUACCCUUGAGCUUGGAGUCCUUCGUUAAAGAGGAUCUGGACGUAACUGCGAAAGUACAGAGAUCUGAGUUUGAUGAAAUGAUUAAAUCCAUACUUAUUCGUGUUGAAGCCACACUGAAAGACCUCUUAAAAGAGACAGGUCUCAAUCCAUCUCAAAUAGAGAGGAUAGAAACUGUAGGAGGCUCUACUCGAGUUCCUGCCAUAAAAUCUGUCAUAAAAUCUAUUUUUGGCAAAGAGCCACUGACUUCUCUCAAUACAGACGAAGCUGUUGCUAAUGGGUGUGCUAUACAAUGUGCAAUGCUAUCACCAACUUUCAAAGUAAAAGACAUAGCCCUAUGCGAUGCCCAGCCAUACCCUAUCUCCCUCAUAUGGAAAGCGACUGGGAAGGACGAUGGGCAUUUAGAAAUAUUUCCCAGGUACCAAGAAAUUCCUUAUUCCAAAGUGGUCACUUUUUACAAAGAGGAACCUUUCGUCAUAGAGGCUAGGUAUACCUACCCCAAUAAUAUACCUAUAGGGGAUCCCAUCAUAGGCCAAUACAAGAUUCUCUUAGACCAGUCUAAAAAGGCUAACCCCAAAAAGAUUAAAGUUAAGGUUAGGAUAGAUGCCAGUGGAUUAUUCAGGAUCGUUAAUUGCAAUGCCGUAACAUUGGCUGAUUCUAUUAAAGAAACCAGGAAAGAAGAGAAGGAAAAUGCCGAAAAGAAAUGUCAGAAUGAAGAAACUAAGACGGAAAAUGAACCUCAAUCCCCCCUCAAAACUUCCCACAAAUCCAAUCAUCAGCAGCAAGAAAUUUCAGUGGAGGCGCAAAACCGUUCUCCCUUUAUGGAUCAAAAAUACGUGGAGCACCUGAAAGAAGUCGAGUGUUCGAUGUUGGCACGGGACAGGGCUGAGAAGGCCCGGGCAGACGCUAAAAAUGCUCUAGAAGAAUUCGUCUAUGAAACAAGGGAUAAAAUAGGAGACAGUUGGAGCGAGUUCGCUACUGAAAAUGAAAAGCAAGAUAUAUCCAAAAUUUUGACUGAUACUGAAGACUGGCUCUAUGGAGAAGGUGAGGAUGUUAAAAAGCAAACUUACGUCGAUAAAUUAGAAUCGUUAAAGAAAUGUUCCGACCCCAUAUUAAUUCGUUAUAAGACUUACCAAGAAAGGUUCCAAGGCCUUGACCGAAUUAAUGCAUGCUACGACCAUAUAACUCAAUCGUUAGGGAAAUUUUUUCAAGAUGGAGGGGCCCAUGAUUUAAAAGCAAAAAUGGCAGACGAUUUUGAAAAAGUCGAUCGAACCCUGAAAUGUACUAAGGACUGGAUUGAAAUCGCCGGAAAAAAAUUGUCUCAGACUCCCAAGGAUAAAGAUCCCGGUAUUGGGGUCGACGCUAUCAAGGUGGAGAUACAAAAACUCGAAUCAACGUGCUUCCCUGUCUUGCAAAAAUUGCAACAAGCUUUUAAUGAAAAAAAUAAGAAAAACAGUGUUUCCGAAUCCAGUAAAAAUGAGAUCAGUUCUGAUAAAAAUGUAGAAAUGAAUGAUGAAGCUAACAAAAAAACCGAAAACACUAAAAAAAUGGAAGUUGACUGAAAAACACAAAUUAAUAAAAAAAUUUAAUUUCUUUGUAAUUCUGGUUUCCUUUUAUUCCUAUUAUUUCCACUCCUUAUUUUUCUAUUUUUUGACUUAAUUCAUAUUUAUAAGUAGUAAAUUGAAUUAUUGAUUACAAUAGAUCUAGUAGUUAUUUGUAUUUUGAUCAAAAUACUCCUGUAAAAUUAAUAAAUUAAACCAUUUAUUGAAUUAUACGAAUGUC